CUGACCUAUUUUUUUUCACUUAAAACAACGGUUUCUUGUAAUGCUCGGCAAGCUGGACUUUUAUACUCCCUAUCUAAAGUAAUAAUGAUCCUAGUCGAUGAAGCUAUUAAUGUCUUUGUUACGGUUAGCCUACACUUACAUUUUUUUCGGGCUCGAAGUUUAAAGACUAGUUUUGAAACUCUGCCGGGAGCUACAAUCGGCCCUGAAAAUAUGGAUCUAUUCUUUGCAGUAAUUUUUUGCAAUUUAAUGCGAGCAAUGAUUAUUUCAAUGGCAAAUAUUUUUGAUAUUUCAUGUGCUUUAUUAGAAGAUCAGGACGACAAAGAAGCUAGUUUGCUGACUGUGUAUAGCAUAUCUUCUGUUUUUUGGGUGUUCAUAUCUCAUAUUGUAACUAGUGACAUGGAAAUAGUUAAAUUUUUAAAGAAAAAGGGUCCUGGUGGUAGUAGUUCCGGUGAUUCACGUGCUCCUAUGUUUAGUCAUUGA